UUUGCACACACAAUCCCAAUCAUUUGGCAGAACUUGAACUUAAAGGCUUGAACGAUCCCAAUCCAUCUCUCAUCUACUCCACUUCUUCACUGUACCGUCACUCACUUCUCCACUGUGUCGUCGUCAUACUUCCACCACCAAAAGGAGAAAUCAGGCUAACUACAAAUACGAAAGAAUAAAUUCUCUGUCACUGAAAUCCGAGUCUUGAGGUUUUAGAUUGCAGAGCUAAAUCAACAUGCCAGGAGUUGAAGAUGAGAUUGGAUCACUGAAACCUAAUCAGUCUCACUAUGACGAGGCAAUGGAUGCGCUGUCCUCUUUGAUUACGAAGCGUACUCGUGCGGAUAAAAGCAACAGUGGUGAUAGAUUUGAUUGGCUGUUUGAUUAUCUCAAGAUGCUGGAAUUGGAUGAGGCAAUUUCACAGAUGAAGGUUAUCCAUGUAGCAGGCACCAAAGGGAAGGGAUCAACAUGCACAUUCACGGAAUCUAUUUUGCGUAAUUGUGGCUUCCGCACUGGGCUUUUCACAUCUCCCCACCUCAUUGAUGUCCGAGAAAGGUUUCGGUUGGAUGGUGUGGAUAUAUGUGAAGAGAAGUUUUUGGCGUACUUCUGGUGGUGUUGGGACAGAUUGAAGGAAAAUACCAGUGAUGAUGUGCCAAUGCCUACUUACUUUCGCUUCCUUGCUUUACUUGCUUUCAAGAUAUUUGCAGCAGAGCGAGUAGAUGUUGCUAUCUUGGAGGUUGGGUUAGGUGGAAAGUUUGACGCAACAAAUGUGGUUCAGAAACCAAUUGUAUGUGGCGUUUCUUCCCUUGGGUUUGACCACAUGGAAAUUCUUGGACAUACUCUUGGCGAAAUUGCUGGAGAAAAGGCUGGUAUCUUCAAGCGCGGAGUUCCAGCCUUCACUGUGCCCCAACCUGAUGAAGCAAUGCAUGUGCUUGAAGAGAAGGCUUCCCAGUUGGAUGUAAAACUGCAAGUAGCAACCCCUUUGGACACCAAUUUGCUGAGUGGUCUACAUCUUGGGCUUGAAGGUGAACACCAAUAUACCAAUGCUGGUCUUGCCAUUGCAUUAUGCUCUACUUGGCUUCAAAGGACUGGCCAUCUUGAAUUUAAUUACCUGGAACGCACUACCUCUCUGCCCGAGCAGUUCAUUAAAGGCCUAACAACAGCAAAUUUGCAAGGACGGGCUCAAAUCAUCCCUCAUCAAUUCAAUGAAAUUGAAAGCGCAGGAGAUUUGAUAUUUUAUUUGGAUGGGGCCCAUAGUCCUGAAAGCAUGGAAGUAUGUGCAAAUUGGUUUUCUCUUGCAAUCAAGGAAGGUAACCAACAGCAGCACUCCUUGAAUAGUCAGCCAAAUGAUAAUACUAGAACUUCGAAUGAAUUGGCACAAAGUUUUCAUCAUGAAACUUCCAGGAAGGACUCCAAACAGAUCUUGUUGUUCAAUUGUAUGUCAGUGAGGGACCCACAGAUGCUUCUUCCAUGCCUGAUGAAUGCAUGUGCUAGUCAUGGAGUCCACUUUAAGAAGGCACUGUUUGUACCAAACAUAUCAGUGUAUAACAAGGUUGGGUCUAGUGUCCUACCACCAACUGAUGCUCAAGUUGACCUGUCAUGGCAGCUGACUCUUCAAAGAGUAUGGGAAAAUCUUAUCCAUGGUGAAAAAGGGGAUGCCAAGAGUGCAGACCUCAUUUGUGAAGAAGGUAAGGAUGAUAUAGAAAGAAGUAUUAAGAGUUGUGCCAAUAGUGCGGUAUUUCCUUCACUUCAAUUAGCUAUUAAAUGGCUCAGGGACAAUGCCCAACAAAACCAAUCUGUUCGCUUUCAGGUCCUCGUAACUGGUUCUUUACAUCUUGUGGGUGAUGUAUUGAGAUUAAUCAAGAAGUGAGACAUGGAUCUAGUUGGAAACUAACAUUCGGUUCUAUUUGCAAAAGGUUCUUGUAUUCACGAGUGCAAAGGCGUCGAUGGGUCUGAAUUACAAUUUUUUUUCUUCAUGAAUGAGUUCUCUUGUAUCAAGUGUUAGAGGAAUUGCUUCGAUGGUACUAGUGUGCUAGAGGAUGUGCUUCCACGCAUGCAGUCGAAGAGAGAAGCAAAUGUAUCAAUUCAACCAUUCGUAUGGUCUCCCUUACAAUGUUUGUAAAAAAAACAAUUUCCUUUGUUUUGUAGCUAUAAAUUUUGAAAGUACUUUUUUUCUGCAAUUUGGGAGCAAAAGGCGAAACAAACUGUAAUUCAAUCAUUCAUAGUCUAUGAAUAACCCUUGUACUAAAUGAUGUCGAAUUAUUUUGGUAUUGGCGGGUUAUCAUAUUUGUCUGUAUUAAUAUU